AAUAAGACUUCCUAUCCCAGAAGUCAUCGUGGGUAUCACGUCGACUGACCUAGCGCAGUGUUUCUCGCAGACUGUUCUUGAGUGCUGAGUCGAAUAUAUUCUGCCGUGUGAAACCGGUUGUUUUAUUUUACCUCAUUCAGAGACAAAAACGGUACAUUUGAGUUCGGACGUUCGCAGUCAUUGUAAGGAGUGAUCAUAACAUUGGGUUUUGGGUGGACAUUUACGUAGACCAAGAAGGACAUAGCUCAAAUUUCAUAGUAGUGAACAUCCAAGUCCCACGAUGGACCCGAGAGACACAGCCCCUGAUUCCUGGGAACAAGAGGACGAUGUGGAGGCCACAAUCGACGGACAGCUCGAAACAGCAUUCACAACUUUAAAUGUGAAUGCUAAACCAUUUGUGCCCAAUGUAAACGCUGCUGAAUUUGUUCCGGCUUUUGCCACGAAAGCACACUUGGAAAAUGUCGACUCUGCUGUUCCAGUGGUGAACGGUGACACAGAGAUGACCACAGAGGAUCUAUGGGACCAGAAAAUCGCUGAGCCAAAUGAGGAGGAGCCAGGUGGUGGGUCUUGCAGGGACCGGGGGCCAGUGGAUGCAGCAGUAACGGUGGAGUCCACUCCAGAUUUGAUGGAGGAGGAGGAGGAAAUUCUGGUGCCUAAGGUUCCACCUACACAGCCAGAUGCUCCCAAGAAAGAACACGUCAACGUUGUAUUCAUCGGACACGUAGAUGCUGGCAAGUCUACAAUUGGUGGACAGAUCAUGUAUCUAACAGGCAUGGUAGAGAAGAGAACUUUGGAAAAAUAUGAGAGAGAAGCUAAGGAGAAGAAUCGAGAAACCUGGUAUUUGUCUUGGGCUUUGGACACUAAUCAGGAAGAGAGGGACAAAGGCAAGACGGUGGAGGUGGGCCGAGCAUACUUUGAGACAGACAAAAAGCACUUUACCAUCCUAGAUGCUCCAGGCCACAAAAGCUUUGUGCCUAACAUGAUUGGAGGCGCAUCACAAGCAGACUUGGCUGUUCUGGUGAUCUCUGCAAGGAAAGGUGAGUUUGAAACUGGUUUUGAGAAGGGUGGACAGACACGGGAGCAUGCCAUGUUGGCCAAAACAGCUGGUGUCAAGCACCUGGUAGUUCUUGUGAAUAAAAUGGAUGAUCCUACAGUCAACUGGAGCCUUGAGAGGUAUGAAGAGUGCAAGGAGAAACUAUUGCCAUUUUUGAAGAAGGUGGGCUUCAAUCCAAAGAAAGACAUUCAUUUCAUGCCCUGCUCUGGGCUGACAGGAGCAAACUUGAAGGAGCCCACUGAGAUUUGCUCCUGGUAUAUAGGUUUACCAUUCAUUCCACACUUGGACAGUUUGCCAAAUUUCAAUAGAUCCAGUGAUGGCCCCGUGAGAUUGCCCAUUGUAGAUAAAUACAAGGACAUGGGCACAGUGAUUCUGGGGAAACUAGAGUCGGGUUCCAUCAGUAAAGCACAGCAGCUGGUCAUGAUGCCAAACAGGCAUGUAGUGGAGGUUUUGAGUCUCUUGUCAGAUGAUGUGGAGACAGACGAUGCCGUGGCGGGUGAAAAUCUCAAACUGCGACUAAAAGGCAUAGAGGAAGAGGAGAUCCUGCCUGGCUUUAUACUUUGUAAUGCUGAGAACCUUUGCCACUCGGGGCGCACCUUCGAUGCUCAGAUUGUCAUCAUUGAACACAAAUCCAUCAUCUGUCCAGGUUACAAUGCAGUCCUUCACAUUCAUACCUGCAUUGAAGAAGUGCAAAUCACAGCCUUAAUCUGUCUGGUAGACAAGAAGACGGGAGAGAAGAGUAAGACACGACCACGAUUUGUCAAACAGGACCAGGUCUGCAUCGCCCGUCUGCGCACAGCGGGGACCAUUUGCCUUGAGACUUUUAAAGACUUUCCUCAAAUGGGACGGUUUACCUUACGGGAUGAAGGUAAGACCAUCGCCAUCGGUAAAGUGUUGAAGCUGGUUGCUGAGCGGGACUGAAGAGGAUGGAGCUGUCUUAAGAGCCCUAGCGACAAGGAACAGGUGGAGCUUGGUCAUAAUCCGCCCACACUGUUUCCAGGGGGCAUGGCACCGACCUGUCACACUCCCCCCUUCUGCGUCUCAAAGAUCAGCUUCAAAAAAAUAACUCGUGAAAAAGAACCUGCUUUUAAGCAAAUGACAACCAAGAUUAAAUCCACACGAGUCAGCUUUCUCAUAUUGAGAGCUCAGCUAUGCUAUUUCUGGGUUAGCCCUCUCUCCAACCUCUCCCCACCUCUCUUCUCUGGUCUACUCACCAAUACAUCUUUUCCUCCUUUUUUUUUUUCUUUUUUUUUU